AUGCCUGUUACAGUGCUUUCGGACCACGAUGUCCAAAGAGUAUUGCACUCUCUUACCAGCCAGGAUGUCAACGAUAUACAGCAAUCCCUCGCCGAUGCGCUGCAUCAGUACUCUACCGCUGGAGAAGAAGACGGCUGUUGUUCAGCCUAUCAGCCCCAACGAAUUCAUAUGAACCGUACCGAUGGAGCGACAAGCUUGUUCAUGCCAGCAUCUAGCAGUUCUGGCAUGGGUGUCAAGGUCAUCACUCUGGAUUCUGUCAAGAAACCAGAAAUCGUACCGGAUCUCAAACGCCUUUCUAUCGCCUCGACAAAGUCGACACAUUCAACUUCUACCAGUGGCUCCAAGUCCCGCCCUACAUCCAUGUCUGGUCCCAUUCUCCCCUCCUCGACUCCGGAGGACUCAAAGCCAGCUACUGCACCUCGCGGAUCGCUGACCUUGUUCGACGACCAGGGGAACCCUAGUGCCCUGGUGAAUGCUGAAGAGCUCACUGCUUUCCGUACAGCUUUGACUAGCUGCAUGCUUCUCAAGAGAAGACACAAGGUGCACGACCUUACCGUCUUCGGCGCAGGCAAACAGGCCUACUGGCACAUUCGCCUGGCUCUACUUCUCCGUGGUUCAGAGAUUCAUCACGUCAAUGUCAUUAACCGCUCUUUCGACAGAGCACGAGAGAUGCUGAUGAGGCUGUACAACCCUUUCCCUGAUGAUCCGGAAUUUGAGAACCCUCUAGGCCACAAAUUUGGAAGCAAGACAAAAACCAGUAUUCUCACCACAGGUCAUACUGAGUACACACGUUUGCUCAAGGAAUACGUUCGAGGUGCACAUGUCAUCUUUUGCACCACGCCAAGCACACAGCCACUCUUCCCUCCGAGCUAUCUGUUGAAUCCGGAAGGUCGCAANAAGGGUCGCUACAUUGCAUUGAUUGGUUCAUACAAGCCUCACAUGAUCGAAUUGCAUCCCGACAUCAUCAAGAAUGCAGUCGCACCUCACCACGAACACCGCCACUUUCACAAGCAUCAACAAGAGGGCGGCGCAAUCAUCGUCGAUAGUGUCGAAGCAUGCUUACAGGAAGCUGGGGAGCUUAUUCAAGCAAAUGUACAACCCGAUCAGGUCGUCGAGAUAGGCGAGCUUGUGAUGCUGAGACGUGAGGCUGAGAAGGCAGCAGCCGAGGCAGCACAGAAGGGUGACGUUGACAACAAGGGUGAAGGUAUCCAGGUAUCUGAUAAUUCGGGACUGAAAGAAUGGCUCUGCAAGGGCAAUGUUAUUGCAAAGAUUGUUGGACUAGGUCUUAUGGAUGUGGUCGUCGGCAAUGAAGUGGUCAGGAUAGCUCGUGAGCGUGGUAUUGGCACGCACAUCGCCGAGUUCUAA